AUUCUCUUUGACUAUUCUUUGGAAUCAUUGGUUAUUUUUUCGUGACGAUUUGACUGAUUGUAUAAUAUAAAUUGGGCGCAGUUUUUAACAAUGUUUGCCAGAACCGCAAGAAACAGUAACGCGUUCAGAUUUAUUCCUAGAUAUUUCAGCGAAGGGUCUGGUCAAGGUUCCUCGCAGUCCCCAGCAUCGGCAUCAGCUGGCAAAGUAAACGAAAAUGUUCCUGGCCUCAGCCAAAACUGUAUUGCUCCAGCAUCUCAACCAGUAGGACCUGGAGUGGACCCUAAAAAGUCGGGGCCAUACAAGGUUCCCGAAUACUACUUGUACAACAACAUGAGCUACUUCGAGGCUGAAAUCGAAAUGUCGAAGUACCGCUGCCCGCAACCGUCUGCUCUCAGAAAGUGAAACCCCGCAACCGUGAUAUGUAAAAUUUCUAGUUUCCUGUUAAUAAAUUAUUGUUUUAGAUAA